GUCAAAGUGUUUGAUAAAAAAGCCACAAGACAAGUAAAAAUUAAAAACAAAACGUGCUGUUUGCUGAGUAUAAGCCUAGCUGUUGAGUUAAUUUAGAAGAUUAAUAUAAUUACCAAUUUCCAUAAGUAAUCGAUAGAAAUGCCGAAAGUAACAAAAUUACAUAGUACGGGUAAGCCAAAAGCUCUGCAAAAAUCUACUAAGCCCGAUGGGUCAGAUCAAAGAGACCCCGAAGAAUCGUUAAGGGAAUUUCAGUUACAGCUUCUUUGGUGUAUCCAGAAAUUAGAAAAAUCUAUAGGUGAUAAGAAAGGAAAUGAUAGACAGCUACAAGAAAUGUGGAAAGUAUUGACAAUAUUAAAAAAUAACAAUCAGCCAAUAAUACGGAAAAGGCAGCUGAUGCGGAAACAUCUAGGGGACUAUAGAGCAAAGAUGGCAGCUGAAGAGAAGAGCCUGGUCAAAAUGGCAAGCAAGAUAAAGAUAGCAGAUAAUCCAGUGCUGCCAAAGGCUACAUUUCUAAGAAAAUCAGCAUUUUUAUCGAGUGGUGAUACUGCAUUUAAGUUCAGUUUUAAUGUUUCACAAGAAAGAGAAGACAAUGUUGCAAAAGAAUUAAACAAUGUAAUUGACAAGACGGAAAACAUUGUGUUAACAGAUACUGGCAACACAUCAAAAACUAUCAAAAAUGAUGCUGAAAAUCUCAUGAAAGAAAAUUUAAAUAAAUGUAAAUUUUCUGCUUCUGGUUCAGACUUUAAGUUUAAUUUUGAUGUAGACGGAAAGAGUAAGUAAUAAAAGUGAGACCGUUAAAUUUAGUUAUAUAUUUCAGAUAUUACUAUGAAAACUGCAGUUUAUUUUCUUAGUUUUUAAGGCUUAUAAAUUUUUUCACAUUUUUUUAAAUGUAUUUUUAAAAACAAAUCCUCUUAUGAAUUUGAUAUGUCAUUUGAAGCAAUAAACAGUAUAAAAGUUAAAUAAUGUACAAUUAUUGGGUUUGGUCAGAUUCAUCAGCUUUCAUUAUGGUAUGUAACUUAAAUUUUUGAAAACAUACCCCAACUGAUAAUUUAAUUAAUUAGGUAAUAUGAUAAUUGUACAAACCGCUUUUCAUAAUUUUGUAAUAUUGUAUUAGUAUAAAUGAACUUGGCAAUGCCGAGCAUGAAAAUUAGAUUUUAAGUAAGGUAAUAAAACAAUUUUGUUAAAACAGU